CUACAAAGUGAAAAGCCCUUAAUCAGCCUGGGCAUCACCAUCACCUGUAAGACUGUGUGUUUGUGGACAGCGUGGCUUGUAUCGUGAGUCGUAGGGUAAAACCUACAAGCAAAAAUGCCUUCUCCAAUACCCGUGACUCGCCUGCUGCCGAAAGACUUUUAUCCGUCUCUCAGCAUCGGAGUUUGCAGUAGUCCACUGACCAAAUACGCAAAUGCUACGACAUUGAACGUGCCUGCUCAAAGGCUCCACGGGAAGGUGGCGAGCAAGCUGUGGUCGUCGGUGAUUCAUUGGAAAGAGCUGCAGGCGAUGCAGCAGAUAGGCUCCGGAGGGUUCGGUUCGGUGUACAAGGCGACGUACUUCGGGGACACAAUCGCGGUUAAGAAAGUGAAAAAGUGCUCAAAGAAUAAGUUGGCUUCCAGACAAAGCUUUUGGGCAGAACUAAACGCCGCACAUCUUCGGCAUAAAAAUGUGGUGCACGUGAUCGCAGCGACGACGUGUGUCCCCGCCAACUCGGAGAACGAGAACAACAUUGGCACGAUACUGAUGGAGUACGUUGGCAGCCGCAAUCUCCACCACAUCAUCUAUGGCUCUGCAGACGCUCUUGGGAAGGACACUUGUCUCAGGUACUCCGCAGAUAUCGUCCAAGGCCUCCGCUUCUUGCAUUCCCACGGCAUUGUCCAUUUAGACAUCAAACCGGCAAACGUGUUGGUUUCAAACGGGGACAUCUGCAAAAUCGUCGAUUUUGGCAGUUCGAUUCAAGUGGACCGUGCAUGUGAGGCAGGCUCCGUCACGCCCUGUUUGCAAAACGUCGGGGGCACCUAUACCCACCGAGCACCCGAGCUGCUCAAAGGAGAGAGCAUCACCCCAAAAGCGGACAUCUUCUCGUUCGGGAUCACGUUGUGGCAGCUGAUCACCAGGGAGCAGCCAUACCCAGGGGACAGGGAACACGUUUUGUAUGCGGUCGUGGCUUAUAAUCUGCGGCCGCCUUUGGAAGACGAGCCGUUGCUCCGACCGACCCAGGGGGUGCAUGCUCUGAGCUGCCGGACGCUGGUGUGUCGCUGCUGGAGCGGUGAGGCAGCUUCCAGGCCCACGGCCGAGGAGGUCCUGGUGGCUCUGGAGGAGCUGCGGUCCAGACCCUGACUGGCCGGGGUUCUAAUGGCAGGUGCAUUUGUUUCGAUGAAAAUGUUUAUUUUCUAAAAUGGUACUUUCUUUAAUUUUUAGAGUCUUUCCCAACUAUUUCAAUUGUGUCCCCUCGCACCCCCUUUAAAACUAAAAGAGCGCUAUUAACUAGUAUGUUUUUGUUAUCGAGAAAAUAUCAAUUUAUUUUUUAUACAAAUGUCUGUUUUAAUUAUAUUGUUUAAGGAUUUCAUCUGAAUGUUGUAUUGUAUGGAUGAUGUGAUCAUGACUUUUUAAUGUGUUGGGAAUUUAUUAAAUUUUUGUCUUUA